AUCCCUUACGGCAAGCUAAUAAUACGCAGUGUUUUUUUUUUCGGUUUCCGCUCCCUUUAUCCGAAGAAACACUAACCAAGACCUUGGAAACUUUGACUGGCAGAAGGCAAAACGCAUUUCAAUCACUUCGCAGCAGUUUCGAGUUGCUCACUCCACAGUUUCUCCAUUACGCUUUGAACCCUAUUGCGUGACGAUAUUCUAUUGCAUACAAAUAAGACUCCUUGAUAAACAGUCAAGCAACUGGAAGAGUUAUUUCAUUUGAGCCCUGAUGUCUCUUGCAUAUCGAAAGGGCACUUAUUUACUUCAAAGGAGUACGAAACAAGGGACCUUAUUGAAGUGGAUUUCCUCUCGACCAAUCACCUUCUCUUCCACUCAUGAUUACGUCAUCUGCGGUGCUGGUUCAGCAGGGUGUGUUUUAGCCAAUCGUCUUUCAGCUGACCCUAACAACAAUGUGCUGUUACUGGAGGCAGGUCCGCAGGACAAGACAUGGAAAAUCCACAUGCCAGCGGCAAUACCCUAUAACCUUUGCGACGACAAGUAUAACUGGUUUUAUCAUACAGAGCCACAGAAAAACUUGAAUGACAGGAUUAUCUAUUGGCCUCGUGGACGUGUCUUGGGAGGAUCUUCAUCUCUCAAUGCUAUGAUAUACAACCGGGGACAUGCAUAUGACUAUGAUAGAUGGGAAAGUGAAGGAGCUAAAGGCUGGUCGUAUGCUGACUGUCUGCCAUACUUUAAGAAGGCACAAACUCAUGAACUAGGCCCUAAUGAAUACAGAGGAGGGAGUGGUCCCUUACAUGUGUCACGUGGUCAGACCAAGAUUCCUCUGCACCAGGCCCUCAUCGACAGUGGACGCCAGGCAGGUUACCCAGUCACUGAAGACUUCAAUGGUUUUCAACAGGAAGGAUUUGGUCUAAUGGAUCUUGUUAUUCACCAAGGGAGGAGAUGGAACACUUCCACUGCUUACCUGAAUCCCGCCAAACAUCGUAAAAACUUGCGCAUCGAAACCAAAGCGUUUGUGACACGUAUUGUGUUCGAAGGUGACCAAGCAGUAGGGCUGGAAUAUCAUGUGGACAACCAGGUACGACGUGCGCGCGCAUCUAAGGAAGUGAUCCUGUCAGGUGGUUCCGUCAACUCUCCUCAACUUCUAAUGUUAUCAGGAGUUGGUGAUAGUGAAGAACUUAACAAGCAUGGGAUCCCUGUGGUUUGUCAUCUUCCGGGGGUCGGUCAAAACCUUCAGGACCAUCCACAAAUAUACAUAGAACAGGAAUGCAUCCAGAGUGUUGGACUUCACAAAUACCAAAAAUGGUGGACCAAAAUCCUCAUAGGUGCUCAGUGGUUCCUUACAAAAAAGGGCCCAUGUGGAACGUCACACUUCGAUACGGGGGCCUUCAUCAGGAGUGACAAUAACGUUUCUCAUCCUGACAUUCAGUUCGAUUUUGUUCCCAUCGUCUUGAGGAAUGAAGGCGGGAAGAUGGUUUCCAAAGGACACGGUUAUAGGACGUCCAUCUCGCUUCAGCGCUCAGCAAGCACCGGCUACAUCACUUUAAAAUCCCGCGACCCUCGGGACCACCCCGUUAUUCAACCAAAUUACCUCGAAACAGAAUACGACUGGGAAUUAACGAGAAAGGGUCUUAGUAUAGGAAGACACGUGCUUUCUCAAAAUGCAUUCAAGCCGUUCCGUGGUAAGGAAAUCAUUCCAGGAGAUCAUGUUCAAACAGACGAGGACAUCGACGAUUUCAUCCGUACCAAUCUAACAACCAACUAUCAUCCCUCAUGCACGUGUAAGAUGGGUGAUCCUUCUGAUCCACUAGCCGUAGUGGACCCAGAAACACGUGUGAUAGGAAUCAAGGGUGUUCGAGUAGUGGACGCGUCGGUCAUGCCAAGUAUUGUCAGCGGUAAUCUCAAUGCGCCCACGAUCAUGAUAGCAGAGAAAGCGGCUGACCAUAUCCUAGGUAACGAGAUGUUACCCAAGUCAAACGCCCCUGUUUUUUCUUCUGGUUGAAGUAGAUCUCAAUCUUUUUAGACGCGUAGAUCUUGGUAGAUAGUGAAGCAUUUAUUAUUUGCAUUUCCGGAAUAGACCCUUUUAGAGUUCCAAAUUACCGCUGUGUUCCUUACAGACUCAUUUACUCAGGCUUAGCCUCUAAUCAGUGUCUAAAUAUUCACAAAUACCAACGGUAAAGUAAAGAAUGCACAACUUCAACAAUACGAGCACUUUGAAACUUGACGGACCUUGACUGCAACACGUGAAUAUUCUUCACAAAAUCGAGGUUAACCCUGUGCAAAUGAGUCUGUAAUCAAGAAACACAGCGGUAAUUCGGAACUCGAUUAUUCUACUCGUGCGUUCAUGAAAAAAAAAACGAACGAACGAACAAACAAGCAUGUAAAAACAAACAAAAAACAAAAAUAAAAAUAAAACGCAUCUUAAACUAUUUAAAAAAAUAGAAAUUAUUGUCCAAAAAGUUUCAAGAGUGUCAAGAAUUUAAUUAUUUUUAUGAAGCAAACUAAAAAAAAAAAUCAGUGUACGUUAUAUUAUUCUUUUUUAUUUCACAAAUAUAUCUCAAGCAAAGCCUAUAAGCCGAUCUUAAUUUUCAGUGGUUACUAAAUAAGACAUUCUCUUUCGAUUUCUGGAGUCGGUAGCUUGAAUUUCAUUUAAUGCUAAUGAGGAAAAAACGUACGUAAAGAUCGGCCUAUAGUAUUUGUUGUUCAUUUACGUAUAUUUUUCAAGCUUGUUUGAUUAGGAAAACAAAAGAAAUAAAGAACACAAUCGUUCCUCCUUUGACAAAA